AUGCACCAACGAAUCAACCAUCGGCCGGCUGAGGUGGUGUCCGCUUGGUGGUCUGUCAUCUCUUUCAAGGCCGACGUCAGCUUCUUCUUUUUUCCACUCCUCUUCUCGGUCUGUCUUGACGGGCGGCACGGCGGCCACACCACAAUCGCCGCACAAGACCAAAAGAGGCACCGCAGCCAGGCUCCUACUCGACGAUCAUGCACAAUGACGAGCGACUCGAUUCCUAGUCGUAGCUCUCACGUUAGAUGGAACGCCCCUCCUCAGAUUCGAGAAGGAUGGUGUGGCUUACUCCAAGUUGAUCGCGCACAUCUGACGUCUUACAUGAACGGUCUUACUUGGAGCUUCUUCUUCAACACAGCAAUUCCUCUCAAACCCGCAGGAGCCAGGAGUAGUAGCAUCAUCAUCAUCAGGGUAUGUCUCAAUCAUCAUUGA